GAUUCAAUCCAAUCAAGGAGAGUGAUUAUUUCUCACAAUAUGGAUAAAGCGCUGAAAGAAGUGUUUGACUACAGCUAUAGAGAUUACAUCCUGUCCUGGUAUGGGCAACUCAGCAGAGAUGAGGGGCAGCUGUACCAGCUACUCUCUGAAGACUUUUGGGAGAUUGCCAAGCAGCUGCGACAGAGGCUGAGUCACAUUGAUGUAGUUAAAGUUGUCUGCAACGAUGUAGUGAAAGCUUUGCUCUCACACUUCUGUGACCUUAAAGGAGCCAAUGCCAGGCAGGAAGAUCCACCAAGACCUUUUUUGUUGCACUCCUGCUUAAAGAGUGCUGAAGAAGAAGUAAGAUUUCUGCAAAAAUGUUCUCACGUUUUGGUGUAUUGUCUCCUACCCUCGAAGGAUGUCCAGUCUGUCAGCUUGCGCAUAGUCCUUGCAGAAAUACUUGCAACAAAAGUACUGAAACCAGUGGUGGAACUGCUGAGUGAUCCAGAUUACAUUAACCGAAUGCUACUCAGCCAGCUGGAGUACAGAGAACAGAUGAAUGAGCAUCAGAAGAAAGACUACACAUAUGCUCCUUCUUAUGAGGAGUUCAUCAAGCUCAUUAACAGCAGCUCUGAUGUUGAGUUCCUGAAACAACUGAGGUAUCAAAUUGUAGUGGAAAUAGUUCAGGCAACCACAAUCAGCAAUAUUCCCCAAGUGAAGAGACAAAAAGGAAAAGAAACUGCAGCAAUGAAAGCUGACCUACUAAGGGCUCGCAAUGUGAAGAGGUAUAUUAAUCAGCUGACAGUGGCAAAGAAGCAAUGUGAGAAGAGAAUAAGGCUCCUGGGAGGGCCUGCUUAUGAUCAGCAGGAAGAUGGCAUUUCUGAUGAAGGCGAUGGCCCUCCAAGUCAGAAGAUUCUUCAGUUUGAAGAAAUUUUGGCCAACCCUUCAUACCGAGAGCACUUCCGGAUCUACAUGGAGAGGAUGGACAAGAUGGCUUUGAUCAGCCUUUGGGAGUCUGUGGAGAAUCUGAAGAAUGCUAACAAGGCUGAAAUACCUCAACUGGUGAGUGAAAUUUACCAGAAUUUUUUUGUGGAAAGCAGAGAAAUACCUGUGGAAAAAUCCCUUUAUAAGGAAAUACAGCAAAGUCUUGUGGGAAAUAAAGGCAUUGAAGUAUUCUACAGAAUACAGGCAGAUGUUUAUGAAACUCUAAAGGACAGAUACUACCCCUCAUUCAUUGUCAGUGAUUUAUAUGAGAGAUCAGUCAAGAAGGAAGAAGAAAGAAGUUCUGCUCAGCUAACUCCUGAGGACAAAGAUGAAGUGGUGAGUCACACACACAGUUGUGAAGAAACUACUGAAGAAUGCAGCACAAGAAUUAAUGAACAGGCCAGUUAUGCUGUAAAUAAACUUCGCCAGCUAAAUGACAAGCUUGAGUAUAAGAAACAGGCUCUAAAUUCCAUUUGUAAUUCCCCAAAACCCGACAAAAAGAUUGUUUCUAAGCUGAAGGAUGAAAUUACUCUGAUGGAGAGAGAGCACAGUGACCUUCAGCUGCACAUUGCAAGAACAGACUGGUGGUGUGAGAAUCUUGGCAUGUGGAAAGCCUUCAUUGUCUCAGGAGAGGUUUUAGAAGAGAAUGGAGAACAAGUGCCCUGUUACUCUGUCAUGGUGAGUUUACAAGAAGUUGGUGGAGCUGAAACUAAGAACUGGACUGUUCCCAGGAAGCUCAAUGAGUUUCAGAACCUACACCGCAAACUCAGUGAGUGUUUUCCAUCAUUAAAGAAAGUUCAGUUGCCUUCUCUCAGCAAACUGCCCUUCAAAUCCAUAGACCAGAAAUUCAUGGAGAAAUCCAAGAACCAGCUUAAUAACUUUCUGCAGAAAUUACUCUCUGAUGAAAGACUCUGCCAGAGUGAAGCACUUUAUGCCUUCUUGAGCCCCUCCCCAGAGCACCUCAAAGUUAUUGAUGUGCAAGGAAAGAAGUCAUCAUUCUCACUUUCCUCAUUUCUAGAACGACUUCCUGGUGAUUUGUUUUCUCAUCAGGAGGAGGAAACGGAAGAGGACAGUGACCUGUCUGACUACGGAGAGGAGGUGGAUGGGAAGAAGGAGUCUCUUGCUGAACCGUGUUUCAUGCUGAUUGGAGAGAUUUUUGAACUGCGAGGAAUGUUCAAGUGGGUCAGAAAGACAUUAAUUGCACUAGUACAAGUCACUUUUGGAAGAACUAUCAACAAGCAAAUUCGUGACACUGUACACUGGAUGUUCAGUGAACCCAUGCUUGUUUACUACAUUGGUGUGUUUCGAGAUGCUUUUUGGCCAAAUGGAAAGUUAGCUCCACCACCAAGAGCCAAGAGUGAUGAACAAAAGCAGGAGACAAAACAGAGAGCACAGCAAAAACUACUUGAAAACAUUCCAGAUACUCUGCAGAAUCUUGUUGGACAACAAAAUGCCCGUCAUGGUGUAGUGAAAGUGUUCAAUGCAUUGCAAGAGAGGAAGGCUAAUAAGCAUCUACUUUAUAUUUUGCUGGAACUGCUGCUAACUGAACUGUGUCCUGAGCUGAGAGCUCAUUUAGAGCAGCUUAAUGCCACUUAGAUUUGAAUCUGCACAAUUGGACCACUAGAGAAAUGUCUAUGUUCAAGAAUAGACAUGAAACUUAUUUUCCUCUUUUCCAUAGAGGGCUGAGGACUAUUAUUAUUUUUAGCAUUUUUCUUUCCUCUUGAGUUUUUUGUGAAGUAAACAGACUUGAAAAGAUCUGAUGCUGUCGUAGGGUAGACAAAAAAAAAUGCUGUA